AGUCGGCCAUGUUUUAUGUUUUGAUUAUGAACUGAAAGCAAUUUAUAAGAAAUUCGUGAUUAUUUUGUACAGUUCAACCUAUUUAUUACACACAACGCAUUCAGCACAGAUGGAUGCAUCAUUAUCAAUGACAUCUUAUAAAAAUCGUUGAAAACAGUUGAUUAUUCAACAUGAAAUAUUCGUUAACGACAACAAUGUUCGAUUGUUUGAAAUUGAAGUCGUUUUUAUGUACACUUGUAAUAACAUUAAUUGUUUUUUAUGGUGAACUUUGUGCUGGCUCCCAAGCGUCACUCCACAAUGGGGUAGUGGAUGCUCACAUAGUGUGUGCCAAGUUCAGCAAAGACAGUCCGGAGUGCAGCAAUGGUGGCUGCUUCGAUGACUGCCAGGGCUCACCCAAGCCUUACUGCUUUUCUAUGUGGAAAAAUGGUACUGAUGGGAAGGUGAUGAUAGAAAUGGCUGGCUGCUGGUCAACUGGGGACAACUGUGUGAACACUUCUGAAUGUAUCCAGUCCCCCUCGAUACACAAUGUGAACUUCUGUUGCUGCUCCGAGAAAAAGUGUAACCUGAAAGUGAAAAAUGUUUUCUAUCCGCCCACGUCCUCACCUGCUUCUGUAACUGUCACAGAGCUCAACACAGAAGUGAAGAAGCUGACGCGUAGUCACCUGAUGAACACCCUGAUAUGUUCUAUCGUGCCUCUGGUAAGUGUGGCAGCCAUCAUCGUGGUGUGCUUUGUCCUCUGGAAGAAGUACAAGAGACAGGCCUACAGACAACAGCUUCCUACAGUGGACCCCUCUAGAGAUCAGCCCCCUUCACCGACCCCUAACAGACCACUCAAGCUUAUUGAGCUUCGUGCGCGAGGCCGAUUUGGGUCCGUGUGGAAAGCCCAGUUACACGAGUCCUAUGUGGCAGUGAAAAAGUUUCCGCUGCAUGAUCAACAGUCGUGGAACACUGAACAAGAUAUUUACAGAUUACCUCAUAUGAAUCAUGAAAACAUUUUGAAGUUUAUUGGGACAGAGCGAAGAGCUGAUAAUUUGAACAUUGAACUCUGGUUGAUCACAGAGUUCCAACAAUACGGGUCAUUGUGUGAAUAUUUGAAAGGGAAUACGAUUUCGUGGACUGAGAUGCGAAAAAUGGCUGAGUCAAUGAUGCGAGGCUUGUCGUUUCUGCAUGACGAGGUCCCAGCUAUAUGUGGAAAAGGGGCGAAACCUGCCAUCGCACACAGGGACUUCAAGAGCAAAAAUGUCCUCGUCAAGUCCGACCUUACGUGCUGCAUUGCAGACUUUGGUUUGGCUCUGAAGUUUGAGCCGGGGAAAAAUCCAGGGGAGACACAUGGCUUGGUUGGUACCCGGCGAUACAUGGCACCGGAAGUAUUGGAGGGAGCCAUCAGCUUUAAUCGGGAUGCUUUCUUGCGUAUAGACAUGUACGCUUGUGGAAUGGUGCUGUGGGAGUUGAUGUCACGAUGUACAGCCGCAGAUGGUCCUGUGGGGGAGUAUCAGCUGCCCUUUGAGGAUGAGAUAGGCCAGCAUCCCACCCUGGAGGACAUGCAGGAGCUGGUGGUCAUCAACAAAGUCAGGCCAGCCAUCAAGGAGCACUGGCUCAAACAUACGGGUCUUGAAGCGUUGGCAUCGACAAUAGAAGAAUGCUGGGAUCACGAUGCAGAGGCGCGACUCUCAGCGGACUGCGUGCUGGAACGAGUAGCGUACGCAGAGCGCAGCAUUUAUACCUCACAUGUAUCCUCGAGUAACCUCACUGUCACCUCACAACAACAGCAACCGUUGAUCAUCAACACGAAUCAGGGCGCACCACUGAUUACACCAGUAGUGCAGACCAUUUGAACUGACAACAACCUCAGAAAUGUUACACACCUCUCUCUUUUAGGGCAUCUUUUGGUGUUCCUUCUGUAUUAUACAAGUUUGUGGGAUAGACUUUCACUUUAUUUAACUCACUGUGAGUUUUAUUUUAUUUUUGUUUUAGUUAUACUUGGUUUUUAAUUGAACUGACUCGUUUCAUUGCUCCUACUUUGUGCAUAGUUUAUCAUGUUCAGUGGAUAUUUGACGUGAUUUAACAGUGCCAGUUAUUGAAAUAUUUAAAUGUCAUUGUGAAUAUCGCAUGUGACUGUGUAUAGAUAUAUUAAAGAGACUAAUGUAUACUAAAUUACUGGUAUAUUAUAAAGAGGAAAUGUAUUGAAUUGACACAUCAGUUGAAGUUGUGAAUGAAGAUGAGUGUGUGAUUAACAUUUUCAAGACUGGAUAUUAUUAGUUAACUGUAUAAUGAAAUCCCAGUUAUUAAGAAGUUUUACAUAUAAGUAAUUUUUUUAAAUGUUUUUUAUGUUAAAGAUGGAAAUUUGGACUGGACAGACAAUGUAAUGGUCUACAAAUGUAUUAUGUAUGUCGAAAAGCUUGCUUAAUGAGCUGCUUAAGAAAAAAAACAUUGUGUGAAGCUAACCUCUAGCCAGAGAGCGGAGUGGACUCUUUCUACGAACGAUGUUUUAAAUGUCUGACAUUGAGUAGUGGGAAGAAGUUCUGUUGUUUUGUAUAAACAUUGGGGACUGAAUUUUCAAGAGAAAUGACUUACUUAAACAUUUUAAUAGUCCAUGGAAAAACAUGACUUCCCGGGGGCUGAGUUUGAACACGUUUUCAGUCCAUUUAAAAAACAUUACCCAAACAUGGGCAGUUUCCUUUCAUAGCUAUAGUGAAACCUUGUGAACACUGAAAAAGUCAAGUCACACGUUUUUUUCCCAAUCAGUAUCAAACUUUUAUCAAAAUGUAUAUGUUAAAAUGAUAGCUUAGAAGAGUUAAAAAAAACCUUGAUGAGUUCUACAAGCCACACCCAGUUUUGGGUCACUAGGUCAAAGAUCAAGGUCACUGUGACCUAAAAAAAAUAUUCUGACAAGCUUUCGCAGCCGAAUGUGGCACCCGUUAUACGGUGCUCUUGUUCUAGUUUAUAUUGACAACAGUUACCUCAUUUGCUACAUGCCUUGAUGUGGAUAUAGACCAUGAUGUUCCUGUGGCAUUAAUAAAACUAAUUGUGUACAAAUGUAGUUGAGUGCUCAUCACUUGUCUCCUCUUAUGCAAAAUACGUACAGAAAAAUCAUCAAAAGCAUUUUUAUUUUAAUCAUUACAAUGUUCAAUUACAUAAAUAUUCUAUAUAAUAUCCAUAGGUAGAUUUAUAAAUACAUGCCAAUGAACAACUUUUACUAGAUGGAAAAUUGUUGUUAGUUUCAGGUGGCUUGUAAUUGUUUAUUGAGAUCUGUUAAACACAGGCACAAAAUACAUGUACACUGCACUUAAUUUAAAUAGUGCAAGGACCGCUUAAUAAAACAUUUAUGAUUUCAGCUUCCAUUCAUAAACUUCAAUGUACCAAGAUUUUUUUCUGACACCAUUGCUUUUGUUUGUCAAUUGUGAAAAAGUAAAUACAGGUAAUGAGACCCUUACACAUGAUUUAUCUGUUUUGACCUUAAGUUAUAAACAUACUUAAGCCUGUAUAAUAUAAAAUAGAAGAUAGUAAAUUCUUAAAAUACUAUUCAAUAUUUAUCAAUGACAUUUUAGUCGGGACAAUAUUUUUCUAAUUUGAAAAGACAAAUUUAUAUUUUCGUUGUGGGGUUAUUAGGAUCAGCUUUCAUAUGUUGGUACUGGCCAUAGAUGUAUACAUUUGAAAACAGUGUCAUUUUUAACUUGUGUACAGAAUGUUGAAGUAAUCUAAAAUUUGAAAUAGGCAGCCGUUCCAUAUUCAGGUCCAUAGGUUUGCUAUUGCUUUGUUUUUACUUAGCUUUAGUGCAUUUUUGUUUGGCAUCCUUUCCACUAUUUAAUACUUUGGUUGAGCUCUGGGAAAACUGGGCUUAAUGCAUGUCCAUUAAGUGUCAUCCCAGAUUAGCCUGUGCUAGCCAGCUAAUAUUGGACAAUGCAUGUCCAUCAAGUGUCAUCCCAGAUUAGCCUGUGCUAGCCAGCUAAUAUUGGACAAUGCAUGUCCAUCAAGUGUCAUCCCAGAUUAGCCUGUGCUAGCCAGCUAAUAUUGGACAAUGCAUGUCCAUCAAUGUCAUCCCAGAUUAGCCUGUGCUAGCCAGCUAAUAUUGGACAAUGCAUGUCCAUCAAUGUCAUCCCAGAUUAGCCUGUGCUAGCCAGCUAAUAUUGGACAAUGCAUGUCCAUCAAGUGUCAUCCCAGAUUAGCCUGUGCUAGCCAGCUAAUAUUGGACAAUGCAUGUCCAUCAAGUGUCAUCCCAGAUUAGCCUGUGCUGUCCAGCUAAUAUUGGACACUUUCAUUUGUUAUGGAUUUUUUUCAAUUUAAAGGAAGUGCCUAGGUAUAAAGUGUUGUCCCUUUGUAGCUGACUGCACAGGCUAAUCACUGUGCACGUGCAUUUAGCCCAGUUCACCCAGAUGUCAGCUCAUUUUUGUUGGACAGUUGAACAUUGAGAAUUUUAAAUAAAAUACAGUAGAUCUCCUUAAUUUCAAAUACAGUUAAUCCAUUUUCUUUGUAUUUUGGAAGUAUUUAUUCAGUUCUUAUUUUUGUCCUUUCUUUAAUUUGACAUUUAAUGAUUAAUUUGAACUCAGCUUUUUAGAAUCCCUGCUAUUACAAACUCAUCAAUAAAGUCCAAUUUAGAGUGUUCGUGCUUAUUAUUCAAUUGAUAAUUCAAAGUAUGAAUAUGUGAGUUUGCAGUCUUUGUUGACAUGUACUGUUACUAAAAAUAGUUUGUAUGCGCCCCUUGUUAUUGUCUUGUUCAUGUAUGUGUGACACAGAACUCCUUAUAUAGUAAAAAUUGGUGUCAUAAUAUAUAUUUCAGGUUUUGUGAAAACAUGUUUCAGGUUUUGUGCAAACAUGCUGAACUUCAUCACUUUUUGAUUCAAAUAAUACCGGUAUGUCUUAUUGUUGUAAAAUACGAUAAUAAUGAAUAAAACCUAUUGUAUUUAAGCCAUUUAAAAUGUCCAAUCUCUUUUUAUAGUAAGGCCACUAACAAAUGCCUAUACAUAAUCCUUAAAAUUAUAAUUCCAAUUUAGAUAACUUUGAAUUUUUUUAUUGGAAUAAUCAAUAUUUAGAAGUAUUUUUCUUGGUCCUGGAGACUUCAAAAUAAUGAGGGUUUACCUAAGGUUUUAUAAUCUUGAAACUUUAUUUUUUGCGAACACAUUUUAAUUUUUAUUUAUCUUUGCACAUAUUUUGUGACUUUAUACAAAAUUGUACAAUGUCAUAUAAUAAUUUAUGUAUGAUUUGUUGGAUAUGCGUUGAUUGAAAAAAAUCUAUUUAUUCACCAUUGGUAUUUUACCCUGAAUAUUUUUCACAGAUUAACAUACAUUUUUGUUGUCCUCUUUUUGUGCUAACUUGGUUUGUAUAAAUGUGUGUAUAUACAUAUAAAGCACAUAAUAGGAAUAGAUUGUACAUUUUUUAAUAAGCUGCAUCAUGCAAAAAAUGAUGUUAUGCAAUAUACGGCCAGUGUAAUUCCAAACCAACCUGUGCAUUUACGCAGUCUGGUUUGGAGCAAUCCUGUAGCCUUAUGAGGUCAUAAAACCUUGUUUGACUUAAGGGGACAGUGUAUCUCUUGACCAGACUGUGCAAGCUGGUCUGUAGCUACAUUGGCUUCAUAUGGCAUAAGACCCAUUUUCAUAUAACAGUGCCCAUACAGUAUUUACUGUACAUCUGUAGGAGUGAUCAUGAACAAAACAUUUUGGUAUUUGUUACAACUGUAUACCUCAGUAGACCAUAUCAGUUUAGUAGAAUAGUUUGGUUGGUUGUUUCAUAAUUAAAUAAGAUAAUAUUAUUGCUGGUUUUGCUAGAAUAUCAAUUUAAAUUGCUAUGUGACUUCUGCCUCCUGUAAACCUUCAGAAGUGUUAAAUCUGGAAAGAUGAUGACCUAGUAUAACAAACAUACUUGAAUCAUUGUUCUGAAUGAACUUUGAGCUUUUUCACAAUUUUGUAAUGAGUUUUACCACCAUGCUCAAUUUGAUGUUUAUUUGAGUUUUUUUAAAUUUAAACUCAAACCUGAGUUUGAUGAGGAAUAUGUUCAUAUUCUUAGACCUGAGAUUUGAGAUCAUUUCUUAGCUGACUGAUAUGUUCUUAGCUGACUGAUAUGCUCAAUACUAAACUGAGUGGACACUCAUAUCUCAUCUUUGAGUUGAGCUAACAAUUGAGAAUGCUUUUGAAACAGGGCCAUUUUCUUGAACGGUUUGAGUCUUCUCAGAUAUUUUGACAGUCUGUUAGACACACAUGCUUGUUUCUUGUUAACGUUUCUUUUUUCUAUUCAGAUACAAAGUCUGUCAGCACUCAAAUGUUUAUCAGUCAUUGUAAUAAUUGUUUGUCAUCGUGGUUUUACUGUCUCACAAAUUUUCCAAUGUCUGUGGUCAUAAUUGAUCCAAAGUGGCAUUAUGGUUUUCGCUGAUAUUUUCAUAUUAAUCACUGGAGAGCAUUUAAUAACUCUGACCACUUUUAAUAAGAACAACACCUUUGUACGGAAUGUCAAACUAACUUUAAAAGGGCUUAGUAUCAAGACAUACUUAUGCUAAUGUUCUGACUCAAAUUGAGUUCUUUUCUCAGUUUGUGAGAUGAUUUUAAUCAUAAAAUCAAUAAAGUGUUUUUAAAGUCUUGAGACUGACAACCAUGGGUAUGAGGAGGAAUAUGUGCAUAUUCUUCAACUGAUAUUUGAGACUGUGUAUGAGAUGACGUACAUGCAAUACGUAAUCAAAACUCAUACAUCUCCUUCACAGUUUAUCUAAACAAAUUGAGAAUGUUAAUGAUACCAGGGCAUGUGAUCACAAAAGGUACAGGCCGCUGCUCAACUAAGGCAGGUUGGGAAGCUAAACCAGUAUUGGGGACAUUAUUUUUUAAUUUAAUACGAUUGACAAACCUAGAUGGGCUUGGGGAAACCAAAAAAGAGCUGGUUGCUGCACUGCUAUUUUGUUGUAUAUCUUUCUUCUGACAGUUCAUUUUUGUAAUUUGUUGAAAAGAACCAUUCUUGUGUAUAGUCAGUUUUGAAAUAUUUAAAGGCUUUCUUUGCAAGAGCAAUGUGUGAUCAAUAUAUUAAGGUUAUGGAGAAGUGUUCAAUACAGUUACUUAAUACAAUAAUCAGUUAUACCCUAUUCUUUAUUGUAAUACCAUAUUGCUGAUACUGUUCAUAGUAUGUCACGGACAGUUCAAGAAUAAUUUAUCAGUAAUGUGUACCUCAUAUUGUAUUGUGUUUUUGUUUAUUUGCAUAAAUUCUGCUUUAAAUGUAUUAAAUUGAAUAUUUUUAUGUACAGAUCAAUUAAAAUAUACAAGAAUCGACAUUUUUAGCAAUCAGAUAUUAAAUGCAACCGGUGUAUGUUUUGGCUGGGAUUUAGUUUAGUCUUACUAUUAUGAUGUGAAAUAAGUGCAUUUUCAUUAUUAGAAUUUUGUAUACAUAAUUCAGUUCAUGUAAUAAUUGUAGAAGUUGUUACAUAUUCCUUGCAAUGCGUUACCUCAGUUGUGUAUUCAAACAGUCCAUACUUAGUGUUUUAGUAUACUGUUUUAUUCAUUGUAUAAACUAGCUGAUCUGUACAAUUUAAGACACAAGAACUGUCUGUAUUAAGUGAGCCAAGUCGUGCGAAAAUGGGUCAAUUCCCUAUGCUGCCAGAUUAGCUCUAGGCCAGGCUGCGCAACUGGGCAGUCAGAACAUGAGCUAUGCAGUGUUAUAAAAUCCAGGAAGUUUUUGUAGUCUCAUUAUUGAACUAAUAAGCUCCUGAGCAACAUGCAACGAUCCAUAUGGCAUAAGACACAUUUUCGCAUGAAGCGGCUCAUAUUGUACAGAAUUAUUGUUCAAAUAGUUGUCUUCGUAUAUUGGACAUAAGCAGACUUUAAAGGGCCAUUUCACGUUUUGGUAAAUUGACAACAUUGAAAAAAAAUGUUUCAGAUUCGCAAAUUUUUGUUGUAGGUAUGAUGGAAACAGUAAUACUGAAUAUUUACCAUGCUCUAAAAUAACCAUUAUAUGCAUUUUUUGACGAUUAAAAAAAAACUGAAAAUGAUAUAGCAUCGCAACGCAGAGAUUGAAUAAUUUGCAGAGUUCUGUUGUCGUCGUUAUAUUUUGUGAUACUACGAGGAUUGCUUAAUAUAUAUAAGGUAUAAAAUACAUCACUGAUUGCAUGAGCGCGGAUGGCCAAGUGGUGUGGUCUAAGCGAGAGACUUUUACUCCAGGGGUCAGUGGUUCGAGCCCAGUUGAGGGUUACUUUUUUUUGGCUCACCUGUCACGAAGUGACAUAGUGAGCUUAUGUGACCAUGUGAUGUCCGGCGUCCAUAUGUGUGUGCGUGCGUGUGUGCGUCCGUCAACAAUUUGUUUGUGUAGACAGUAAAGGUCACAGUUUUCAUCCAAUCUUUAUGAAAUUUGGUCACAAUGUUUAUCUUGAUGAAAUCUGGGUUGGAAUUGUAUUUGGGUCAUCUGGGGGUCAAAAACUAGGUCAAAUAAUAGAAAAACCUUGUGUAGACAGUAGAGGUCACAGUUUUCAUCCAAUCUUUAUGAAAUUUGGUCAGAAUGUUUAUCUUGAUGAAAUCUGGGUUGGGAUUGUAUUUGGGUCAUCUGGGGUCAAAAACUAGGUCACUAUGUCAAAAACUAGGUCAAAUAACAGAAAAGCCUUGUGUAGACAGUAGAGGUCACAGUUUUCAUCCAAUCUUUAUGAAAUUUGGUCAGAAUGUUUUUCUUGAUGAAAUCUGGGUUGGGAUUGUAUUUGGGUCAUCUGGGGUCAAAAACUAGGUCACUAGGUCAAAUAAAAGAAAAACCUUGUGUAAACAAUAGAGGUCACAGUUUUCAUCCAAUCUUUAUAAAAUUUGAUCAAAAUGUCUAUCUUGAUAAAAUCUGGGUUGGGAUUGUAUUUGGGUCACCUGGGGUCAAAAACUAGGUCACUAGGUCAUAUAAUAGAAAAAUCUUGUGCAAACAAUAGAGGUAACAGUUUUCAUCUAAUCUUUAUGAAAUUUGCUCAGAAUGUUUAUCUUGAUGAAAUCUGGGUUGGGAUUGUAUUUGGUUAGUCAGGUGAGCGAUUCAGGGCCAUCAUGGCCCUCUUGUUUUCCUUUAAUUGUAUUCUUUCUUUUUCUACUGGAGCUUUUUAGAUCAAAUGUUCACAUUUAUCAAUAUAAAGCAUUUAAUGACAAACUUCAAUACAUGCCAAAAUCUGUGAAAAGGCCCCUUUAAGAAAUGUCUGUCUGAAAUUAUGUCAUGCAUACAACUGCCAACUUAUUAAUUUGAGCUUUAGCCUUAAUAACAACACAAUUGUUUUUAUUAUAUGAAAGAAAGGCUUCACUAUCUUGUUACUUGUAGCUUGUAUUAAUUUAAUGGCAUUGUUGAAAAGUUUUUUAAAAAAUCACAACGGGUUUAUAUUAAGAAUGUCUUUUUAUCAUAUUGUUUUUGCCUCAUUUUAGUGUGGGCCAUUGUACCAUUACGAUUUAUAAUGGAUGUAUGUAAAUAUUUAUCAUUUGUCCCCAUUUGACAUUUACAUGUGUAUUUUUAAUUCAUUUUUACACCCAUUCAUUGAUCAUGUCAUAUUUCAUAACUGUAAAUUGUUUUAUUUAAAAAGAGGUAUUUUGCAGAGGCUGUUUAUAGCAUUAACAUGCUGCAUGUCAUCGGAAAACUGGACUUAUAAUGUUUUUGAAACGCCAGCCCCAGAUUAGUUAUUUAAUUGAGAUGAUACUCGGCUGGAUGGUAGCUUCUGUUUAAACAAAGUGUUUGUAUACUCAAUUCCACUGUAUUAAGGUUAUUGAAAGGGUUGAUGGGAUAGAAACUUCCUUCCUAUCAUAGCCUGCGCAGGGGUUGAUGGGACAGAAACUGCCUUCCUAUCAUAGCCUGCACAAGGGUUGAUGGGGCAGAAACUGCCUUCCUAUCAUAGCCUGCGCAGAUUUGCAAGGGUUGAUGGGGCAGAAACUGCCUUCCUAUUAUAGCCUGUUCAGAUUUGCAAGGGUUGAUGGGGCAGAAACUGCCUUCCUAUCAUAGCCUGCACAGAUUUGUAAGGGUUGAUGGGGCAGAAACUACCUUCCUAUCAUAGCCUGCGCAGAUUUGCAAGGCUGGAUGGGGCAGAAACUGCCUUUCUGUUAUAGCCUGUGCAGACUUGCCAGGGUUGAUGGGUCAGAAACUGCCUUCUUAUCAUAGCCUGCGCAGAUUUGCAAGGCUGGAUGGGGCAGAAACUGCCUUCCUAUCAUAGCCUGCGCACACUUGCAUGUGCUAAUCAAGGUCAACACUCUACUCACAUGCAUCACACAGAGUUUUCUAACAUCACCACUCAAUUCAUCGAUAUUACAUCCAGUCUGAGGUCUCUAUACAUAAACUUGCAGUAACAACCAGUGGAACACAAGGCAAACAUUGACAUGCAUCCAACUUAUUGUUGCUGGCAUAUUCACAGCUAUAGUUUUAUUGGAACAAACUUAACAGUUUUAACUUUUUAUUAUUUGUUUAAUUAAUGUAAGAAGAGUUUUAUUGAUUUGUUUGUAGUACCAAUUUCACUGUUCUUAAGAAAUGUUUGAAUUAUUAACCAUUUAGGCCAUUUGAAUAAGAUAAGAUGCUCAAGUUUUGAACCUUACGUUUACAAUAACUUUUGGGUUAUUAAGUAACUGUUAAGGUAUCGAACAGGCUGAAAUAUAGUUGAACUUUUUAGUAUUUUUGAAAAAAUCAAAAUUCCUUGACGAUUGCUUUGCACCAUAUUCCUAAAAUAAUGUCAUAAAGAUGAAAUUAGGGCAGAAUCAUUCACUUUAACUUUUUGUGUGAUGUUCAUCAUCCUGUUAUUAUAAUAUUAUGCUGAUAGUUAUGUGAAAUAAAUUUAGUGUUUUGUUA